GGUCUGAAAAUUUCAUUACUUUUUUUCUUAAAUUUAUUUUACUCUUGUUUCUCGUUAGGUUAACGUGUUGGUGUACGUGCGCGUUUCCAGGCUCGGCCGGUUGAUUUCGACACACGGGUAGUGGAAUAUAGGUUGCUGCGAUGUUAGUUUGCAGGCACCGCGGGCUUUUGCGAGGCUGCGUGGUUUGCUAAUUCUCGCGGGUCGCUGGCCAGGGCCCGCUGAGAGGUUGCAACACGCCGUUCCAGAAAAACCCGCUGUGUAACGUCGAUUUUGUUUGCCUCUGUCAUUUUCGGCUUCGUGUACUCGUUUCGAGGACUCUGUCCUGAUUAGUGUUGCCAUCUUGCGUCCGAGUUUGGAAAUGUGGACAGAAACAAUCGGACAGCGCGAGAGGGGGAGGGAGAGCUCGCUCGCGCCUGCGCAGAAGGAACUGUCGACUUCGCUUGUUUUUGUUUUUCCUUGCGGGAAGGAGGGACAGCCAUUUUCCCCGAGGCUAAGUUUUCCCGGUGUUCGUGUUUUUUCGGAGUGGCCUAGUUUUGUAGUUAAAACCUCCUUCCAGGGAGGGACCUAGGCUUUUUGCCUGGGGAACUCUCUGGAAGCCGGGUCCACGUCGGUUUGAAACAACUUUUCUCCGUCUCAAGUCAGAGGUGUUACAGUACUCAGUGGUGACCUGUGACUGACAUCACGACUAAGAAGACUGAACAUGGUGUUGCUGGCGGCACAUCAGAGUGAACCUGAUGGCCCCACCAGUAGCUGUUGUUUUGAGGUGUUGCUGUUUUCACCAGACGAGAACAACCAGCUGAUUGCUGCCUACAGCAUAACAGAUGUUAAGGUGAAAGUAUUUUUAUUUUUUUAUCAUGUUUGUUAUGUUUUUGAAUUUUGGUCUAGGAUGUCUGAUACAUUUUUUUUUAUUUCAGCUUUCGUGGGUUAUUAAUAACCGGCCGAUUUUAAGUGAAUAAAGAAAAGUAUUUUUUUUGGGGGCAGUCUAAUUUUAUGAUUGUUGAUUCUGGAGUUUAUUUUUUUUCUAAGAGAGUAAGUCAAAUAGUAAAUAAUGGUUAAAAGUAAUAGACAUAAUUUUUGUUGAUUUUGGCUAUGGCCCUGCUUCGAUUGAGUGGUUACUGUGUUAACGAAAUUUAUUUGAUGAUGAUGCCAGUGUAGGAAGCUAUAGAGUAAUGUAAUACAGACCCUGGAGGAAUGGGCUGUAGCGUGAGGGCAUUGAGGCCCUGGUUGUGACUGGGUUCGCAGGGUAGGCGACCCUUAGUAAAUGAGGAAUGAGCCUGGGGAAGGUUGUGUCCUUUUGAAGUAGUAGUGGCUACCAAUGUAAGAGGCACGGAGGGGUAGAAGUGGUGGGCCGGGAAUUGGCUCCACGGGGAUGAUUGGUCGAGCCAAUCCUGCCGCUGAGAAUUUAUUUUUGUUGUUGUUGGGUUAGAGUCCCAUAAGGUGUGUCCACAGGAGGUGGAUGUUGGGCAUCUAUUGGCUUUUGUUGUUUUGAAAAAGUUAGAAGCAUGUUGAUAGUCAUCGAUUUCGGGUUGGAGUCCUUCGUGAACCAGGAGCCAGAGGUCAGACCGUCAGAAUAAUUAAAAUUUUGAUUGAUGAGAUUAUUGGUAAAAUUAUUUAGUUUUGUUAUCGAGGUUUGUGCCUGUGGGUAUGUUUAAUAAUUUUUUUUUUUUUAAGACUUUUCAAAUAGCUAACCUGUACCCAUCUUUCUUUAGAAUCGUUUAACUAUUAGUGUUGCCCAAGUAGAAAAGUAUUUCCAUUUGCCUAUUUGUCGCUGUCACAUUUACCAGGAGAACUUGUAUGUCAAACUUAAGAUACCUAUUGUUCAUGUUAAUUCCAAUUGGAAACUAUUUCAGUUUGUUGCGGUACCUUUCCGCUGGAAAAAAUAACACUUGCCACUUAGAGCACGAGCCCAACUUUUUAGCAGUAAAUAAUGAGCAACUGGUGACCAUUCAGGGUAGAAAUUUGUUGGAUUGUCGUCCCUUAGAAGACAGUUUAUGUUUUGUUCCCAGAUUUUCAGGUGAUGCCAUGGGAAGUUCUCUAUGUCCUAAGGCUUUAUUUCAGGCAGUGACUGCAGAGAAACUUGGUGAACUGUGUGCUUACAGAUGCCAUUCGGGAACCCACCUCAAGAUUACGCAGGCUGGUCCUGAACGUUAUUUUCUAACUAACCCUGUUGGUAAACUAGAAGUACAGUGUUUAGUGAAUAAGAACCAAACCUUGUUUUUAGCUGCUGCGGAUCGACCUGGCGCUGUGGACAUUGAGGUCCCUUGCGAUUGUCGCUUCUACAUGAAUGAUGAGCUUAAAAUUAAUGAACUUUAUCUGUGUGAUUUUCUUUCUAAAGCUAAAUUCCAAAUGAUUCGUGAGAUUCCAGCUGCCUGGACUAAAUUAAAAAAAUUAAAGAUUUUUCCUUUAACAGCAUCUUCACACACAGUUUUUCCUUCAUUAGAAGAUUGUUUAGACGAGGAUUGGCCUUCUGUUAUUCCUUACUUGAAUUUGGUCGUUUCACGUUCCUUUGCGAGGCCCGAAGAAUUACAGCUGCGAGACCCAGUGGAAGUUGUAAGCUUUUUGUUAAAACAUUUGCAAAGUAUUUCAUUAUUUGUGAUUGGUGGUACUUUAUUGUUAAUUGUUGUAAGAAACCCUUAUCUAGUGGGGAUUGGUACAUUUCCCCGCGUAUCAGCUUUUAGUAAAAACGCCAUGUUAACAAUGGAGAUAAGCAUAACUGUAUUUAUACUUGGUGUCAUAAUGUGUAUGAUUCUUUUUCUGCUAUGGAAAUGGUUGUCACUUAAGUGGAAAUUAUGGAAAACUGAGGAAAUUUCACCUCCUGUACAGACUGUUGUUGCGACUACAAGUGAAACCUUUAAUUUACGUGAGAAAUUUUCUGAGAAUUGUCGAUUUAAAUCUAAGUUGGUUAGUGAGUCAGGUGAGGAAUUUAAUGUUUACCUCACCCUGUGUGAUUAAUUAACAGAACUGUUGUUUAUGUUUGAUUUGUUCACCCCAUUAAGGGCAUAUAGUUGUUAAACACUUUUGUGGUUAGGAUUUAUAUUGUUUUUGUAAUUAACUGUUCAGUUCAGAGGUUUUACUUUUUGUUUAAAGAAUAAAAAACAACAAUCGAGGAUGAAUCUAGGGGUCCAAGCAAUUAUUAACCUAGGGUUAAUUUUUUUUUUAAAUUAUUUGUUUAUGCUCGACUUUGACUUAACCUGGGUAGGGAUACCUUGUUCCUGGUCUAUUCCCUCCCCUGUCCAAACCUGUGUGCUCUUGUGCCUCUAAAGACAGUGUAAUUUAUUUUCCACAGACUCAAGUGAGGCAGAGUUGUUAGCAACAAGUGUUUGCGUUUUCUUUUUCUUUCAUGAAGAAGAGAUAGUGCAUCGAUGUACCACAUCCAGAGACUUCAACGAUUAUGUAAGCUAUGUGAAGAACUUUCCUUCGUCAUGUAUGUCCUCCUGACUGAGGACCAUGUGUUGUGCAGCCAUUGAACUUGUGUGGGAGAGGGACUACUGUUUCCUCCCCUGUUGUGUGGUGAGCUGCUUAUAACUCUUGAGGAGUUAUACUGUGGAAGCCCCUUUCAAAUCGGUUUCUGUGUGUAUGUGAACUCUCUGUCUUAAAAGAAUGAAGAAACUGAUGAUCAACAUGGGCCCCACUUUCGUCGACUUGUGCCGAAUGAAGACAUUAGUUACUCUCGGCCAACCAGUGACAAUGCUAUUUUUUUUUCUCUUUGUUCUGUAGCUAGUAGCUGCAGAGGCGUGUUUUGAAGAUCUUGGACUUCACCUAACCCUAUGGACAUUUCAGGUUCCUUUCCUGAUGUUUAUCCUUUGUUUUCCUGACUUGUAUAAUCCAUUCCUUUCCUCUUGGAGGCCAAGCUCCCAUUUUAAUUUAGCUGUGUUUGUUUCAUUUUAUUGAAGUAUUUAUGAUCAUCUUUGUUGUUGUUGUUGGAGAAUAACAUGCCCCUGGACUCAUCAUUGGUUAGUUAUGCUGUUUAUGGAACUGAUAAAGAUGAAAUGUGAGGUAGAUAUUAUUUGUGUUACUCAGUCACUUUAUUCAGAUGUAAACUAUUUGACAACAUUGUUUGAUAAUUAUUCAAUAGGGUCACUUCACAGUUUUACUUAAUGGAAUAUUUUUUUUUGUUAAUUAUCGACCUUUUAUUAACAUAAUGUUUUGAUAGGACGUUAAAAUUAACCCCCCCCCCUCCCUCAUUAACUUGUUGAAAUAGGCUUGAAAGUGUAGUGUAUGUUCUUUGGUGAGAAUCUGAUACUGGUGUUGAAAUGUUUGUUCAGUUUCACUGGGGAGACAUCCCCGAUGACAUGCUGCGAGGAAGGCGGGCUGAGGGCAGAACUGCUCUGAAGGCUGGAUCCUGGGUGUGAGCUGCAGAUCACACUUCAAGGACUCUUCUCUCCAGCUUCAACUAGGGCUGAUCUGUCCACGGUUCACGCCUUUCCUAGUUGUAUGUCGUACGAGUAGUUUUACGAUGUGCCAGCCACCAUCGAUUCUUACAGGAAAGAAUUCUUUCCUGGGCUAUUUACUAAAAUUGUAUCCUGUAUUGGUUUAACUUUUUCAGUUUAGACUUUGAAUUUAAUUGUCGUGGUAAAACCCAACCUUCGUGCGCUGUCUUGUUCGAGUAGGCAUUUAACUUGUAAUUCUUUGCCCCUUGGUUUUAUUCAUUGUUAGGAAUUUUUAUGGCUUGUGGGGCACAAGCCCUUGUAGACCGGGGUAAUGUCACGGUCUGAAAAUUUCAUUACUUUUUUUCUUAAAUUUAUUUUACUCUUGUUUCUCGUUAGGUUAACGUGUUGGUGUACGUGCGCGUUUCCAGGCUCGGCCGGUUGAUUUCGACACACGGGUAGUGGAAUAUAGGUUGCUGCGAUGUUAGUUUGCAGGCACCGCGGGCUUUUGCGAGGCUGCGUGGUUUGCUAAUUCUCGCGGGUCGCUGGCCAGGGCCCGCUGAGAGGUUGCAACACGCCGUUUCAGAAAAACCCGCUGUGUAACGUCGAUUUUGUUUGCCUCUGUCAUUUUCGGCUUCGUGUACUCGUUUCGAGGACUCUCUCCUGAUUAGUGUUGCCAUCUUGCGUCCGAGUUUGGAAACGUGGACAGAAACAAUCGAGCAGCGCAGGAGGGGGAGGGAGAGCUCGCUCGCGCCUGCGCAGAAGGAACUGUCGACUUCGCUUGUUUUUGUUUUUCCUUGCGGGAAGGAGGGACAGCCAUUUUCCCCGUGGCUAAGUUUUCCCGGUGUUCGUGUUUUUUCGGAGUGGCCUAGUUUUGUCGUUAAAACCUCCUUCCAGGGAGGGACCUAGGCUUUUUGCCUGGGGACCUCUCUGGAAGCCGGGUCCACGUCGGUUUGAAACAACUUUUCUCCGUCUCAAGUCAGAGGGUAAGUGGUUAGCCAUGGCUCGUCCGCCACAAUCAUUUCUCGUGCGGUCUUCGUCCCGAUUCUAAAAUUCAAUGUGGUAAAUUAAAGUAACUUAGUUUUUAGUCUUAUCUUGUAUUUUUUUUUAUGAUUUAAAUGUAAACAGACGCGGUACCAGGUUGAUGCGAGCAGAUAUGUGCUGGGUUGUAGCACAAUUAAUCUUAGUGGGUGCUAAUGGCUAGAGGGCAGCCAUGUUGUGUAGUAUAGCGUGCUGUGUACGCUAGCGUAAUUAAAAUCAUUGUGAUUAAUUCAUUAAUCUUUUUGUUAAAUUAUUUAUUAUUAAUUAAUUUGUUAUCCUAUUUAUUAUUAAUUUAUUUGUUAAACAUUUUUCAGAGUUUAAUUAUUGUUAUCCUAGUUUGUGGCCUAGUAAAUAAAAUCUGUGCUUGAAUGAAAUAAUAAUGUUUCUUUUCAGUGCAUAAAUCGUUCCCUAAACUCCCUGUAUGGGGAGAAGACUUGAUCUCGAAUACCGCGACUCUACCUAACUACCCCCCCCCCCCCCAAUG